UAUACGUAAGACGUACAGUAUACACUGUGCAGUGUACAUAUUGUAAUAGUAAAUUAAAGAAAAGUUUUUUUUUAAAUUUAAAUUUUAAAAUCAUGAACAUUUUGUCAACGCUAUUCAUCAUGGUGUUUUAUAUUACACAGGUAAAAAACGAGAAUAUCUUAUUAGAUUCUAGUGAUUGUCAAACAAAAUGCCCAAUUCGGCGUCAAACCAUUCGAUCAUACCCACCCGGUACAUUAUUGUUUGUUGGUGACGAAUGCGUGUGUGGUGGAGCACAAGAAACCAUAUACGAAUAUGUACCAGCAGUCCAGCCUGUGGAAAAUUUAGCAUUACCAGUUGGUUUUAAACCAAAAGAAAUUGAACCAUUGUCCAAUAAUCGACUAAUGGGAAAUUAUGGUUCUCUCGUAUUCUCGGCUAAUGUUCAAAUAUUGGAUUUACUUCGUAUAAAAAACGAUGAUGUGUGUAUAGGGUGUUAUGACCGUGACCAAAAACAAAAAAAUCCAUCAUCACAUGCUAGAAUAAUCUCUACUACUAAAAAACCUACAGCAGAAGUUAAUACACCGAUGACAAUGCCAGCAUUAAAUAAUGUCUCAAGUAUGAAGAGUGAAACAAGUACAAAACAAUACACAAGUGAAGAAGACAUCGAGAAAUACACAAAUGUUUCGAUUUUCACAGAACCAAUUCUUGGAAAUACGAUGACUACUACAGUAAAAGAAUCUACCCCUGAGAGUUAUGUAACUAAUGAUAGUUCGGAGAUAUUAACGUCGACAGACAUUGCAGAAAUACAAACGUCAACUGUUAAACCAAAACAUAAGGAAGUCUUUACAACUGAAGAAAAUAAUGUGAUUUUGGAAAAAAAUAAUACACUCAAUGAAUCAAACAGUAAAGAAAAACCAAAUUUAAGUGAUCAAUUUAAAGUUAUGAUUAUCAAUUCUUUUUCCAAUAAUAAAUCCGAUGAUUUAGAAAUACUUUUAAUAAAUACUGAUACGUUUAAUUUUAAUAAUUAACAACAACGAUUUAGUUUGAAUUUGAACGUACAAUCGUAAUGAUUUAAUAAUUAUUAUUUAUUAUUAUUAAAAGUUCACAAAUGGUGGACAAAGUAUUUCGAAUACUUUAAAUAUCAUCGAGUUAUGUUUGUUCGUCCGUUUGACAGUAUUAUUAUUUUAUAAAUUUAUAAUAGGUAUUUACUUUUACCUAUAGGAAAUAAUAAUGAAUGUGCCCUGAAGAUGACAAAAC